CUUGAAUAAAACCACGUACCACGUGAGUACACGCGGUUGGAGCGGUUGGUUAGAGCUUGGAUUUAACUUUUUUUUUAAUGCAAUAUUUGCAAUAUUACGUCUUAAUUUGUUAUUACAUUACUAUAACCAAAGUUCUCACUGGUUAAAUAUAUUCGUUUUGUAAAAUACAUAACAGAAAAAUGGUAACUACUGAUUUAAAAGAGUUGGCAAUAGAAUUGUUUGACAUUGGAGCUAUCAAAUAUGGUAAUUUUACAACAAAAGUAGGAUUGUCAACUCCAGUGUAUAUUGACCUUCGUGUCAUUAUAUCUUAUCCUAAUUUACUGCUUAAUAUUUCCAAAUCACUAUGGGGUCUACUUGAUCAAACAGAUUUUACUCAUAUUUGCGGUGUACCUUAUACUGCUUUGCCUAUUGCGACAGCAAUUUCUUUGGACUCCAAAAUACCAAUGGUAAUGAGAAGAAAAGAGUCAAAGUCCUAUGGAACAAAAAAAUUGGUAGAGGGAAUUUUCCAGAUGGGUGAUACACCAUUGAUAGUAGAAGAUAUUAUUACAAGUGGAAGUAGUAUAUUGGAAGUGGUCAAAGAUUUAAAAAAUGAAGGUUUAAAUGUUACCACAGCGUUGGUGGUUUUAGACCGAGAACAAGGAGGUAGAAAGAAUUUAGAAACUGCAGGAUUAACAGUAAAAAAUCUAUUUACUAUUACUCAAUUGAUGGAUUAUUUGCUUGAUGCAGGAAAAUUACCCAAAGAGUCAGUGGAAAUAGUUAAGAAGUAUAUAAAAACUAUUCAAGCACCUUUGAAACUAAAUAAUGACAAUAACCGGUUAAAAAUGAAUCUGAUCGAUAGAUCAAACCAAGCUAAAAAUCCUAUAGCAUUAAAAUUAUUUAGAUUGAUGUGUGAGAAACAAAGCACUUUGUGUUUAGCAGCUGACUAUACAAAAUCUCAAGACAUUAUUGAUCUUGCAGAUAUAGCAGGUCCACAUAUUGCUGCUUUAAAAAUACAUGUAGAUAUAAUUGAAGAUUUUUCUAAGGAUUUUGUCAAUAAAAUAAAACAUCUAGCAAACAAAUACAAUUUCUUAAUAAUGGAAGAUAGAAAGUUUGCUGAUAUAGGUCAAGUAGUUUCUUAUCAAUACAGAAAAGGUAUCUAUAAUAUUGCUGAAUGGGCAGAUAUAAUCACUAUACAUCCAGUGUCUGGAAAAGGUAUUGUUCAAGGAAUCAAAGAUGGGCUUCAAGGUUUAUCUAGUGAUAGAGGAAUUUUUGUAGUAGCACAAAUGUCUUCAGAAGGAGCUCUAACUACUGGAGAUUAUAUUACUUCUACAGUUUCAGAUUUCAAAGAUUUUGAUUUAAUUGCAGGAUUUGUAUGCCAGAAAAAUAUUUUCACAGAUCCAGGUCUUAUUCAACUAACACCAGGUGUUCAGCUUACCAAAUCCACUGAUGGUUUAGGACAACAAUAUAAUCUACCUCAAGAUGUUGUAAACUCAGGUGCAGAUCUUGUAGUAGUUGGUAGAGGAGUUACACAAAGUGAAAAUAAACUUAAAUCUAUUUUGGAAUACAAGAAAGUUUUAUGGGAAGCUUAUGAAAACAGAGUAAAACAGAAAAGUAAAACUGAGUAAAGUAAAAAAUUUACAUGCAAAUAAAAU